CUCGGAACUACAUUGUGGAGUACCAUAGUUUACUCGCGGAAGUUUUAGUUUAUUACACCGCAAAAUGGCUAACCACUUGAAGUUUGUUGCUAGGACGGUAAUGGUUCAUAAUGGGAAUGUGGACUCUGCUUAUCGCACGUUAAACAGGAUCCUUACAUUGGAUGGAAUUAUUGAUGAUGCAAAACGUCGAAGAUAUUAUGAGAAGCCAUGCAGACAACGACAGCGAGAAAAGUAUGAAAGUUGUCGACGUAUAUACAACUCUGAGAUGGCAAGGAAGAUUACAUUUUUAAUGAGAAAAAACAGAAGUGAUCCUUGGCUUGGUUGCUGAAUCUGUUUUGGAAUGAUGUUAAAUGACAUUAUACUUAAGGGAUCAGCAGCAGGAAAACAAAAACAAAAGAUUUUUUAAAAAGGAUUUAGAUUUUUUGGUGGAAACACAGAUCAGUUGAAAGAAAAUAAAUGUACUUAAGUCGUAUGCAAAGCUGUUUUGACAGCGAUCAAAUGAUUUUUAUAGUAAAAAGCUGUUUUCAUCUGGUCAUGGAAAAUAACCUGUUAGCAUAUUGAUGUCAUCACUGAAAUAUAGCCUUUUACAACACCAGCAAAUGCUGCACAGAGCAAAUUGUGUAGUUUUGUAUAGGGAGGACCAAAAACUAAACAGUGAAUUAUUUCCAGUUUUCCAUCCUUUACAGCAAGUUCUGUGACUUUGUGAAGCGUAAUUCGGAAGGAUGUGGCUGUGGAACAAAGUGUACACCAACACUUGUGUACAUUUCUGUAACAUCUGUCAUUGUUCCAUGAAUGUAAAAUAAAAAAGUAGUUUAAUUGGAUGAUAAUGUGUUUUGGUGUACACCAGAGUAUUAGCAUUAUAUCAAAAGUAUCCCUGCAUUAAUUUAAAUAAAACAGUAACUAUGAGGAA